GUAACUAUUUCUCCUAACAAUGGUUCACCUAACUUUAAUUCUAUUACAAAACAAAUAUCAGAGAGCAAACAGGGUAUGGAAAUGGAUACUUCAUUACCAAAAGAAGCGAUACCAGAAAUCAAGUGUCCUACCUCUGAUCCUGCGAUCCAUGAUCAAAAAAGAGUUAUCGGGGGUAGCAGGUCAUAUAAAAAAAAAGAAAUGGAUGAACUCAAGCAUGAAUUAUUCAAUCCCACUUCAAAAUCUGAUAGUUCAUCCUCUAUAAACUAUAAUAAUAUGUCCGAAAUUUUUGAGACGGCCCGUCCCAGAAAAGUUAUCUAUGACAGCAUUGAUGAAGCCUCACAACAUCUAGCUCAGUUAUGUGACAAAGCCAUUGAUACCGAAGAUAGGGCAAAUCGAGCUAAUCAGGAAGAAAUUUUAUGUUGA